CUUUUUAUACAAUCAAUGGUUCGCCAAAAGUAUUGUCUGACGUCUGGACUGAAAGCAAUAUAAGUGCUUUAUAUUCUGAAUACAUAAACAGCACUUUAGACGAGAAAAAUAAAACAUAUUUUUUAGUCUUUGUUUCGAACAAUUCCUCUGCGAUUACCAUACAUUCAAUACAAGAAUAUUCUGUACUCAAAGACACACCAAAUGGAAAGUUCCCAGUCAUACCCGGGUUGGCCUCUAAGGAAUUACUUGGCAUUCAUCGCCAUUCACUUCAAAUUGAAUAACUGUGCCGUUUUGGCGUUCAGACUGAGGGACAGAUCCGCCAAAACUAGUCUUUUACUGGACAUUGAAUGGGAGGACAAC